UUUGAUUCUGAAAAAUACGUUGAUUUGGUUAAGAAACAUGGUUUGGAAAUUUCACAGCCUGGUGUGGAUCCUAAUAGUCCGUUUACAUGGCAGAUGACAAGGAAAAGACAUGACAGUGAAGUUCACAAGAGCACAGAGGAGAAACCAGGAUGUUAAAUUUCAGUUAAAUUGUUCAAUUUUUGCUACAAAAAUGGAGAAUGAUUCUUCCAAGAAAAUUGAAGUUUCUUCCCUAAACCCCAAUUUACAAUCAAGAGGUGCUUUAGUUGUAUUAGAAGGGUUAGAUCGAAGUCGAAAGAGCUCUCAGUGUAUUCAGCUUCUCUCUCACUUGCAAAGUAUUGGGUGUUCUACUAAGUUAUGGCGGUUUCCGGAUCGAAAUACUGCUGUUGGGCAGAUGAUCUCUACUUAUCUUUCCAAUCAAUCUAAUUUGGAUGAUCAUACUAUUCAUCUUUUGUUCGGUGCUAAUCGUUGGGAGAAAAUAUCAAUGAUGGAAGAAAAGUUGAAAACCCAUCUUCGAGUGAGUGUGAUUAAUCAACCAGUUCACUCAGGCAUAUCUCUAUUUAGUCGCAAUAUGAUCACAAUUCUCUUUGUGCAGGCACCAGAGAUAGGAUUGUUGGCUCCAUACAUGGUCUUAUACCUAGAUAUAUCACCAGAGAUCAAAGCAUAUCCUAAUAUCUUUUUUUUUAUAAAUGCCGAAAGAGGUGGUUAUGGUGAUGAAAGAUACGAGCGUCUUGAUUUUCAAGGGAAGGUCAGAGAAAAAUACCAGGCUCCUCAUGAUGCCUCAUGGAAGGUAAUUUCUAUUCAUGAUUCCUUAAAAACUUAUAGCUUGCAAUGUUUAUUUUGCGAUUUUGGUAAGGCUGUAAGGUUAAUAGGUUUGACAGUGGUGACUUUAUCUUGCAUAGUGUCAUUAGAGUGAUGCUUGCAAUAUUAUGUAGUGCAGGUUAUAGUAUUUUUCUUUU